AUGUCAGAAGCAUUAGGAGACAUAGCUCUGAAGCAAGAAGCUGAGCACCACGAAAUGGGACAGCUGAAGAAAACCAUUUCGCGGGAUACAUUGCACCGCAACGAGCUUGGCCACGAUGCUUCGGAACUCGACAACUACUGGGCUUCCCCACGGUUGAUUGGGUCCAUCUUUGCCACCUUCCUGCUAGCCAACAGCAUCUUCAUCGGCUACGCAAUGCCAGUCAACAUUCUAUCCGUCAUCAAUGCUGAUAUCGGCCCUUCGCCCAACCUGUACCUGAUCACGCUGGUGAACACCCUCUUCACUGGGGUAUUGCAUCUGUUCUUUGCUCGCCUCUCCGACAUCCUUGGUCGACGCUAUUUCCUCGUCGGCGGGCAGACACUCGGCGUCAUUGGAUCUAUCAUCUGUGCCACCGGCAACAGUGUCGACGUGCUCAUCGGUGGGAGCGUCUUGACCGGCAUCGGCGGGGCAGCAGGGUUAUUAUAUCCCGUCAUCAUACACGAGCUGCUUCCAAACAAAUACCGUCAUUGGGGCCAGGCUGCUAUAACCGUCACGGUCUUGCCCACGUUGGGCUUUGGCGCUCUGAUCGCGAGGUCCAUGAUUGCCCAUACCGCAGUUGGAUGGAGAGGAGUCUACUGGCUGAAUGUUGCCGUGGCUGGUGGUUCGGUCGUCCUCUUCGCAACCUGCUAUUUCCCCCCAAACUUCCACAUGAUCAACAGCGAGUUGAGCAGAUGGCAGGAGGUCAAGUCAUUAGAUUACGGGGGAGUUUUGUUAUACUUUGCUGGUCUUAUUCUGGUACUUCUCGGCUUCACAUGGGCUGGCGGGUUGUAUCCCUGGCACAGCGCCCGCGUUGUCGCUUCCCUAGUUAUCGGUGGUCUUCUGCUCGUCGCAUUUGGAGUGUACGAAACAUACAUGCCACUACGACAGCCCCUUCUCCCCGUUCGGCUUUUCAAGAUUCGAAAUAUUGUCGUUUGCAUCUUUAUUGGCUCGACCAUGCAAAUGGUUUGGCUCGUGCUGAACAUAUUUUGGCCCAUCCAGAUCACCCUGCUCUUCACGACGAACGAAAUCACCAUCGGCCUACUUUCUUGUACUACGGGCAUAGCCCUGGUGGGAGGUGAACUGUUUUUCGCACCUUUGUUCAAAAGGGUUGGUUGUCUCAAGUGGCAGAUGGUGCUCGCUUGUAUAAUGACUGCAGCUUUCUGCAGCGGUAUGGCUGCGGUGACGUAUAAGAGGGAGAGUCUCGCGAUAACGUUCACAGUGUUGGCCGGCCUUGCAAAUGGGUGGGUCAACCUCGUCACAAUCGUUGUCACCGGGCUUGUGGCUCCCCCCAACGAUAUUGGUGUCGCCCAGGGCUUCUUCGGGUCGACAAGGUUGACUUUUGGUACCGUUGCUGUCAGUAUUUUUCUGGCCAUAUAUUCGAACAGACUCGGUGUCUUUCUGCCUCAGGAAAUAACACCUGCAGUUGAAGCUGCCGGCUUACCCGCCAGCAGUAUUCCAGACCUGUUCUUAGCACUCGCAAACGGUACUUCAGCGGCUAUGGAGGCAGUACCUGGAGUGGAUAUCGCGGUUUUGAAUGCAUUACAGUUCGCAACAAGGCAAGCAUACACCCAUGCUUUCAAGAUUGUAUAUCUAGCGUCUUUGGGCUUCACGGGCAUCGGCUUAUGUUCGGCAUUCUUCCUCAAAGACGUGAAUGAUUAUCUUACCAACUAUGUCAACAAGACUCUUCACAAGCCCACCCUUGUGAUAAGUCAGAAAGAUGAGGUAUGA